AUGAUUGCUAAUUGGCAAGAUGCAUGCGGCCCCUAUCUUCCGGACGAUAUCACAACUCCAUCUGCUCUCGAAGCAACCAAAACGAUGGACCAAGACACAUGUAAGACUAUCGUAGAGAGCUGCGCUCAAUCGAGUCAGUCGGUCACGUCCUGCUUCUCUGCUUUUUCGAAGCCAGCAGAUAUCACCAGCUGUCGGUGCCAAGAGUCCAUCGUUUCCCUUGCUUCAGUGUGUAAGAUUGAUUGGCUCAAUUCUUGCGAGGGAAGUAUCGCCAUUACGUCCGACAUCUGGGAGUUCCGAAACUGUGAAGCUGCUGCCGAUGUUUUAAAGACUACAAAGGAAAGUGGCCCAAUUACUAAGAAACCGGAGGACAGUACUAAUCAAGAGGCGACUGCUACGUUCGAGUUUGGUCCAGCUUCUACUGUUGCCUCGCCUACAUCAGGCGUGGCUGCAUCUGGAAACUGUAGCCUAUGGUUUAUAAAGAGUCUUUUAUUUCUUUUAGCAUCUAAAUUUAUUUACAUUUUCUAA